AUGGCGACCGACGCGAGCGAGACGAUGGUGGAGGACGCGGUGGGCGCAGAGGAUGGGUUCGAGGAGUUACACGUGUUUGAUUUCGAUGGGACGCUCGUGGACACGCCGACGCCGAAGGAAGGGAUGAGAUCGUACGAGAUCGCCACGGGUCGAGAGUGGCCGUUUCAGGGAUGGUGGGGACGUGCGGAGUCGUUGGAACCGCCGUUGACGAUGGCGUCGGGGCCGGCGUUGGAUGAGUACAGGGAGAGCGCGGCGAACGCGACGGUGGCGCGCGUCAUGAUGACGGGUCGCCGCGGCAAACUCAGGCAAUCCGUGGAGGCGGUGAUGCGGUCGUUCGACAUCAACUGUCACGAACACAUUUUUAACUGCACGGGACACGACACGUUGUCGUACAAGCAAAAUGAACUGAGGCGGUUGGUGAAAAAGUACAAGCCGAAGCGAGUGCGAAUUUGGGAAGACCGCAUAUCGCACGCGCGAGAGUUUCAAGACAUGGACGUCGAGUUUCGCUCUACGCACGGCGUGGAGUCUUGGCGCGUGACGCUCGUCGAGCCGAGCAACGAUUUCUAA